AUGACUUAUCAGCUUGCACUCUUAUCAUUUGCAGCUCGGCUAUUUCCUAUGAGCUUGCCAUUCGCCCGAUCAAAAUCGCAUCCAAUGCAUUUUUUUCAUCCUCAUUAUAAUCCAGCUGUUGCUCCUGCAGCUUCACCAGCUUUUGCCCCCAACCCAAGCCGCAUUCCACCACCAAGACACAAGGGUCAUCACCAUCAUCGUCGUUGGCAUUUAAGACGCAACGUGACAGCAGUUUCACCUUCAUCGCAUGCGACCAUAGCAGGGACGUGGCUCAACGAAGCUGUUAGCUUCGUCGUGUUCUGUCUCUUCGACAUCGUCGAUUCAUUGCUUUGUCUCAUCUACAAAGCAGCAGACUAUCUCUUAGAAUCGGAGUGGAAGCCUUGCUAUUGCUUGUCAGCCAAGGAACCCAUCACGGCGACUAGAGGAAAGAACCUCGUGUCUCACAAUAAUGGCGAGUCCAAGAUCCUCACUCUUUCUCCGCUUCAAGAACUCAGCGGACGUUCCAAGAUUGUGCUGGAGGAUAUCUCCGAGACCCUAUACACACGUCCUUCUGUUCUAUCCGACCUCUAUAAUCUCUCUGUUAACGAGCUCAAUAAGCGACUCGUUAAGGUUACUCGAUCCGACUCCAAAUGUAGCGACCAUCAUGAGAAGGUUAAGAACAAAAGGAGGAAAUCAAAGACGAAGUCAAGCUUGAAGGUGAACUUCACGGUCGUUGAGAUGCUUAGGGGAAAGAUCAGACCGCAGAAUUUGAGCCACGAUGUCUCUCGAUGGUCGGAUUGUGAUUGUGGGUUAUGUACAUCUUGGGCCUCCACUACGGACAAAAAUCAUUGCCUCUUUGUCAAAACUCAAAUCCCAAAUGGGGUAACAGCAAAAGAGGAUGUUCUAUUCAUACAUGGUUUCAUAUCUUCAUCGGCGUUUUGGACGGAAACGGUGUUUCCAAGCUUGCUGGCUUCCUCCUCGGCUUAUAGACUCUUCGCGGUGGAUCUUCUAGGAUUCGGGAAGAGCCCUAAGCCUGCCGAUUCACUCUACACAUUGCGAGAACACGUAGAGAUGAUCGAGAAAUCGGUCUUACACAAACACAAUGUGAAGUCUUUCCACAUCGUGGCUCACUCUUUGGGAUGCAUUUUGGCACUUGGCCUCGCCGCUAGACACGGCGACUUAAUCAAGUCGCUCACCCUCCUUGCUCCGGUGACCGUACUAUCCGGUACCGGCGGGAGAAGCGAAGCCGAGGCAGUACGUGAUGAAGAAGGUGGCCCCAAGGAAAGUUUGGCCGCCAAUAGCUUUAGGAGCGUCGAUGGCUUGUUGGUAUGA